AUGGCAUAUGUGUUGUCGCUCCGGCCUCAGAGCCCCCUCAAGCGGUCCUUCAGCGACAAUCCAUACCUCAACUCCUGCUCCCCUCAGAAAGACACACUACUGCCACCACUGAGCGACAUUACUGCUCGCAAUGCUUCCGCGUGCUCGUUGUAUUCCCUCGGGGCGACUAGGGCAGGCGACUGGUCUCGGAGCAACGAGAACACACCACCACUUACCUCUCAGUCGCUCCUCGAUCUCGUGCCUGAGAAAGGAGGCUUCCCAUUCAGUACCAGACACGUCAUCGAAGAGCCACGCAAGCGGAACUGUGGGCCUGACCGACCACCGCCAUCUUUCUCGAGACUUACAGUCCCACCGAGGCCGCAUACGAGAGGAUAUCACAGCUCGCAGCAAAUAGCGGAACCUUCCUCUGACAGUGACAGCUCGGCUGAUGACAUGGACAUUGACGACCACGACUUCGAAGAGACACAUCUGUUCAAUCUAUACGAAGCCAUACACGUGCCAUUGCCAGAAGGUCGCUUCACCGAUAAUGACGGAGAUGAGCCGCGCGAAGACUACGAAGAAGCGCCUGCGACUAUCUCUGUAUCCUCACAGCCCUUUCGGCGGUGGAUGAGCACUUUGAGGCGUCGACACGCGCACAGGUGGAGGGAUAACGUCGCUGAAAUACCACGGCUAUCCUUCGACACCGCCGAUGGCAUGUCUGUCCUCUCUCGACCGCUGGGAAGGCUGUCUGAAUCUGUGCGCAGGACAUCCGAGUCUAUGACAUCGUCAAUGGGCUAUGUGACAGCAAUGAAGUCGACUUCGAUGACCAUCGGCAGCGCGAGCAUUGCACCACGCUCAGAAGCUGGAGUACCAGGGAAGGUUCGCUUGGGUAACAGAAGCAGCAAUUAUUCCGAAGCGCGCAGAUCACUUGAGAGUCAUCGUGGUGCGCUAGGGCCCGUGCUUGAUGAGAGCGCGUGGCUUCGAUCACUACAGCGUCGCAAGGUUGUUGAGGAGCUGAUCUCCUCGGAAGAGAGCUACAUUGCAGACCUCAAGGUCCUGAUCAACGACUAUUUCAUGAUCCUUACUGCCCUUCCUACUCUGUCAGGCCAGACACGAUCAUCCAUACAACAGAAUAUCUCCCAGAUUCUACAGCUUCACGAAGACUUGCUCGCCGAACUUCACCAAGUUGUACCUCAGGCAGACUUCACCAGAAGCGCGUACCAGGAGACGUAUCCUGUGACAAAAGCCAAACAUAUCCGCUUUCAUAGCGCCGACAUUGUGCCGGGGCGCUUUGCCGAACACAAGACUGCCAGGAGGCUGAGGCAUUCUUUGGAGAUUGGACGAUCGCCAGACCGCAGACCGCGAGGCCUAGUAACGGACACGCAGACGGCCGGGAACAUUGCCAAGAUCUUCAACAAACAUAUGAAACGCUUCUUCACAUACGAGGAGUACGGCGCGCAUUGGACGACCAUGUCGCAAGAUCUCACCACCAUGUGCAAAGGACUGCAUGGCUGGCAAGAAUACGAGCGCGGUGUCGAAGCGCUGCAGAAGGUGGUCGCAUCGGAGAAUAACCGAGAGGCAGGUAGCAAGAAGGCGCUCAGCUUUCCAGAUCUCUUGAUUAAACCAAUCCAGAGGGUGUGCAAGUACCCUCUACUGUUCGACGACCUAUGCCGCCACACUCCCGUCUACGACGAUCCAGAAGCGCAUGCCGAGCUCGAAAAAGCUCUUUUUCGGCUGCAAGAGACAAUCCGCGAAGUCAACAAGGCAAAAGACGACCCUCAGACCCGGAGACUUAUUGAGAUUACAUGGCAGCUACAAGAUCGACUGGCGUUCUCAGAGCAGAAGAUUUCUCGAGCUCUUGUCUUCCGCCUUCUCGGGCAUGUUCUCCUAUGUGGCGCUCUACAUGUGACAUAUCAAACACCCGAUCGUAUAAAGGGUGCGUACAUGGUUUGCGUUUUGUACAAAUCAUGCCUUGUACUUGCGACAGCGAGCCGGUUCCAUACGCCAUAUACCGUCGUCGCUUCGAUCGGGCUUGCCAACGCCAGCAUCGAGGAAUGUGAUAACGGCCGCGGCAUACAGUGCCAUACUGCCCCACAUACAUGGAAGUUCGUCUUUGAGCACGGUCAUCGCUUACACGAACUCAUCUUCAGCGCCUGCACUUCUCACGAAGAGGAGGUUUGGAAAAAGCAGCUGCGCGAGCGUAUUGUUUAUGAGACACACGAUUUCGUCGAAGGCCAGUCAACCAUGCAGGACAUGUAUACAUCCCUAUCGCUAGGCCUCAAGUCUCUUGGGCCUGUCUUCGGUCAUGCAAAUACUCUAGUACGACGCAUGUCAGUCCAUCGAGCGGCGACUCUCGGUGCGAAGACCAACACGAGUCAAGUCAUUAUCAAGAACACCCAGGCGCAAAAGCUACCCGAUACGCCUCCGACGUUUUCGCCAAGUAUAGUAACUCGAUCUCAAUCGCACCUCUCCGCAAAUCACAUCCCUAUACUUGCCCCGCGACGAGCUGAGCGCGUACGUCUCGAGAGUACAUUGGAAGACGUAUGGACAAAAGACAUGUUGCCCUUUCCGGGCAUGUCAAAUCGGAGGAUGGAGAACCAAAUCAGAGCUUCAGCAAACUCAGUGAUGCGAAAGCUAAGCAUAGCAAGCAUAGCAAGCAAUUUCUCGCGUCGCUCGCCCAGUCUUUCCAACACGAGCAACACGCGGUCAGAAGACUCUUUCGGAAGCCGCGUUCAUAAGAUGUCGAACGGGAACCUGCGAGCUCAAUCGGCGACUGAUCGAAGGCCGACCCCUGCACUUGUCGACUUCCAUUCCGCACCCGCUGCGUUCCUACCUGAGGACUUUGAGGUCGAAGACACACGACCUUCGAGUAGACGCCGCCGUCUUGCCAAUCGAGCGAUAGGCGUAGAGCGUCCAACCGAUAAGCCACUACAGAGCAAGCCGAAGAAAGUUCGACGUCUCUCCACGCAUCUGAUCAGUCUCCCACGAUCAGAAUCACGCGCUCGCGUCACUGAGAGAACCGUCUCCCACGCGUCAACAGCAACCACCGUACGCGCACCACCCCCUUGCGCCGAGGUAAUCAAAAACAUAGAAAACAGGAAACAGCGACGGCAAGAAGAGCCCACUCCCGAAUCCCGGCCUGCAUCUUCAAACCACUCGACCUCGAACAAGUUUUCGAAGAGCAAGAGUAGGAUCUUUAAUUUCUUCCGAUAA